GACGCGGGCCGCAAAUGCGGCAGCGGCACUAGCCAGGUUCUAUACCCUUCCUCGAGGCCGUCCCUUCUGCCUUCUCACCCGAGAUGGAUUUGUCCGUAGGCGCCAGCGCGGCGGGGCCCAGUAAUGUCCCAGCCUUCCUGACCAAGCUGUGGACCCUCGUGAGUGAUCCGGACACCGACGCUCUCAUCUGCUGGAGCCCGAACAGAAAUGACACUAUCAGUUGAGGCCAAGGAAUCCCUGAGGAUGAAGAGGCCACAGGUUGCCAAGGCACUGAGCCCAGCUACUGUGGAGAGGAGUGGGAACAGCUUUCAUGUGUUCGACCAGGGCCAGUUUGCUAAGGAAGUGCUGCCCAAGUACUUCAAGCACAACAACAUGGCCAGCUUCGUGCGGCAGCUCAACAUGUAUGGUUUCCGGAAAGUGGUCCACAUUGAGCAGGGUGGCCUGGUCAAGCCAGAGAGGGAUGACACUGAAUUCCAGCACCCAUGCUUCCUGCGUGGUCAAGAGCAGCUCCUGGAGAACAUCAAGAGGAAAGUAACAAGUGUGUCCACCCUGAAGAGUGAGGACAUAAAGAUCCACCAGGACAGUGUCACCAAGCUGUUGACAGAUGUGCAGCUGAUGAAGGGGAAGCAGGAGUGUAUGGACUCCAAGCUCCUAGCCAUGAAGCACGAGAAUGAGGCCUUGUGGCGGGAAGUGGCCAGCCUGCGGCAAAAACAUGCCCAGCAGCAGAAGGUCGUCAACAAGCUCAUUCAGUUCCUGAUCUCGCUGGUGCAAUCAAACCGGAUCCUAGGGGUGAAGAGAAAGAUCCCCCUAAUGUUGAGUGACAGCAGUUCAGCACACUCUGUGCCCAAGUACGCCCGACAGUACUCCUUGGAACGUGUCCACGGCCCAGGCUCGUACUCGGCUUCAUCCUCGGCCUACAGUAGCUCCAGCCUCUAUGCCCCAGACUCUGUCACCAGCUCAGGACCCAUAAUCUCUGAUAUCACGGAGCUGGCUCCCACCAGCCCCCUGGCCUCUCCAGGCAGGAACAUAGAUGAGAGGCCCCUGUCCAGCAGCCCUUUGGUGCAUGUCAAGGAAGAACCCCCCAGCCCACCUCGCAGCCCCCGGGUGGAGGAGGCCAGUCCUGGGCACCCAUCCUCUGUAGACACUCCCUUGUCCCCGACCGCCCUCAUCGACUCCAUCCUGCGGGAGACCGAACCUGCCCCUGCCACCUCAGCCACAGCUGUAGUCUCCACCGAAGCUAGAAGCCACGCCCCCUCACCCACACCGGCUUCUGCCUCUGAGAAGUGCCUCAGCGUAGCCUGCCUGGACAAUUUGGCUCGCACUCCACAGAUGUCUGGGGUCGCCCGCCUCUUCCCCUGCCCCUCUUCUUCCUUUCUGCAUGGCCGAGUCCAGCCAGGGAAUGAGCUUAGUGACCAUCUGGACGCCAUGGACUCCAACCUGGACAACCUGCAGACCAUGCUGACCAGCCAUGGCUUCAGUGUGGAUACCGGUGCCCUGCUGGACCUGUUCAGCCCCUCCGUGACCUUGCCUGACAUGAGCCUGCCUGACAUUGACAGCAGCCUGGCCAGCAUCCAGGAGCUCCUGUCUCCCCAGGAACCUCCUAGACCUCUUGAGGCAGAGAACAGCAGCUCUGACUCAGGGAAGCAGCUGGUGCACUACACAGCACAGCCCCUGUUCCUGCUGGACCCAGAUGCCGUGGACACAGGGAACAGCGAGCUGCCUGUGCUCUUUGAGCUUGGGGAGGGCUCCUACUUCUCUGAGGGGGAUGACUACACGGAUGACCCUACAAUCUCCCUGCUGACAGGCUCUGAAGCCUCCAAAGCCAAGGACCCCACUGUCUCCUAGAGACCCCAGAAAGACAGGCUGGCCUGUGGUCUGCCUCCCAUCUCGGGACAGGCACAUAGUCCUGGGGUGUCCUGGAUCAGCUUCUACAGCCCCAGUAGGGCACAGCAAAGGGACUUGGGGCUGGGCAGUGCCUUGGGUCUGGUGAAAGUCCUGAGGCCUGCACACUCACUGCCCUUGCCCCAACCUGGGAGUCCUGGUUUGGUUGAGGCUUCACAGAUACACUUUGGACUGACCCUGCAGGUUGUUUAUAGAAUUGUAUUUUGGAUUUUUUACAUGAGGGUCCCCUUCCCUUUCACAAAGAAAUAUAUAAACAUAGACAGAAAAGAGUGAUAGUAAUCUAUAAAUGGACAAGCUCUGUGC